AUGAAAAAUAUUGAUGUACCCUGUUUCAUUUACAAGAAAAGCAGUGGAUGCAAAAAGACAUCUCUUUCCUUAUUUAAAAUGUUUCCUAUAUUAUUCGCUAUUUGCAUAUCCUGGCUACUCUAUUACAUUCUCACCAUUACAGACGUUUUCCCCAAAGAGAAAGGCAAAUGGGGCUACGCGGCCCGAACUGAUCUUUACACUGAUGUACUUUAUAAAUCAGCAUGGUUUCGUUUUCCAUAUCCAGGUGUGUUCGCUUCUAUUAUUAAAUCAGUUGGAGAUUACUACGCAUGCGCAUGGAUGACUGGUGCACCACCCCCACCGGUUCAUGCUAUCGGAAGAGGAAUUGGAAUGGAAGGAAUUACUUGUUUAUUGGGUGGUGCUUGGGGAGCCUCGAGUGGUUUUUCGUCUUACAGCCAAAACAUCGGCGCCAUCGGAAUCACCAAGACUGCAAGCCGAAGAGUGAUCCAAGUUGGUGCUUUCGUAAUGAUAGUUCAUGGCUGCUUGGGUAAAUUAGGCGCUCUCUUUGUCACGAUUCCUCAACCUGUGAUUGGAGGAAUGUUUUUCGUUAUGUUUGGAAUGGUUGCUGCUAUUGGAAUUUCCAACCUCAGGAAUGUAGUUUUAGAUUCUUCCCGAAAUCUCUUCGUAAUUGGAACUUCUCUCUUUCUCGGCUUGGCUUUACCAAUGUGGAUACAAAAGAAUCCUGGAAUGAUAAAUACCGGAAGUUCCGAAUUUGACCAGAUCCUUACCGCGCUGUUUGGAACAAGUAUGCUGUUUGCAGGACUCUUGGGUUUUUUCCUUGACAACACACUGCCAGGUACAGAUGAAGAACGAGGAAUGUUGUACUGGAAAAGAAUGCGCGAACAAACUUCUUCAGACGAGAGUCAAGAAUUGAAUUUAUACAAUUUACCAGCUUUUAUCCAACGGCAAAUAGACAAGGUCCAUUGUUUCACCUUUCUUCCUUUCUGCCCGGGCUACAGUUCUUCCUUUUCCAGCGCCAUAAAACGUAUCUGUUGUAAGACAAACAAAGAUGUCAAAUUCACUGUGAAUGAAACUAAUGUAAAUGAGGACUUAGGGUGCAAUUUAUAA